UGACCAUUGGGCAUGCUGGCUGAGACUGUUGGAAGUUGGAGUCCAAGAACUUCUUGGCGGCCACAGGUUCUCCACCCCUUCUAUAAAGCACAUGAAGCAUUUUGAAAAAUGCAAUUAACUACAUCAGUGCUAUUGUUUGUUAUCACCAGGUACUGGGUUUUGUGGAUUAUUUGGUCUUCUCGAGUCAGUGUCAGCUCUUGUGUCCUUCAGAAGCUGAAUGGACAUUUCAUAAGCAAAACUCAUUCCAGUGUUCUUGAAAAAAUGUCAGCCGAUAUACCAUUCAACAUCAAUAUCAAAGAGCCUCGCUGGGAUCAAAGUACGUUUAUUGGACGAGCGAGCCAUUUCUUCACUGUCACUGAUCCUAGGAAUAUUUUGUUGUCCAAUGAGCAGCUAGAAAAAGCAAGAAAAAUUGUGCAUGAUUACAGACAAGGAAUUGCAUGCCCUGGAUUAACAGAAGAUGAACUAUGGAGGGCGAAGUAUAUCUACGAUUCAGCCUUCCAUCCAGAUACUGGGGAAAAGAUGGUUUUAAUUGGCCGCAUGUCUGCUCAGGUGCCCAUGAACAUGACCAUUACUGGCUGCAUGAUGACCUUUUAUAGAACUACUCCAGCAGUGGUCUUCUGGCAGUGGAUUAACCAGUCGUUCAAUGCCAUCGUAAAUUACACCAAUAGGAGUGGAGAUGCUCCAAUUACUGUCAGCCAGCUGGGAACAGCCUAUGUUUCUGCCACCACAGGUGCUGUUGCAACUGCUCUAGGACUUAACGCACUAACAAAGCAUGUCUCACCUCUUAUAGGACGUUUUGUUCCUUUUGCUGCUGUAGCUGCUGCUAACUGCAUUAAUAUCCCAUUAAUGAGGCAAAGGGAACUAAAGUAUGGUAUUCCCAUUACAGACGAAAAUGGAAACCGAUUGGGUGAAUCAUCCAGAGCUGCCCAACAGGCCAUUGUGCAGGUGGUUAUCUCACGGAUCCUUAUGGCUGCUCCUGGCAUGGCCAUUCCCCCGUUCAUAAUGAAUUCUUUGGAAAAGAAGGCAUUUUUAAAGAUCAGCACAUCUGAAAGAGCCCUUCAGUGACUGUUCAGUGUUCUUUGACACCAUCAUGACUCCCUUUAUGUUUUCCUGCUCCUCCCCGCCCCCUCUCUGCCUCAUGGACUGUGAGCUCAGGUGAAUCAUUGCUCUACAGCUAGUUAAUUAUAAGACUUGCUAUUGAUCAGCCCUGGAUCCAUUGAGCAAUGAACUGCACUUCUUUUUUAAAUAAAACAAGCAGCUUCGGCAUGUCAGCUUAAAGUUCAUUACUUGUACUACUCUGACACCAUCUACAUCCUGCUUUAUUAAUGCAUACAGGCUUUAGCAUUUCCCCACCAUUCCAGAUAAUAGCUCUUGUUCACUCAGCCUAAGAAAAAAAAAUCUUUACUUUAAAGGUUCAGACAAAGAGAAGGAAACGAGGGAUUGUGUGAAGGUCUUCAUUUAUUUGAAUCCUGCCACAGAAACAUUACCUUCCUUUCUAAUAAUAAU